AUGACCGAUACUAUCGUUACCAACAACCAAACUCUUCUUCACGUCAAUAUGACGAACGUGACCAAACUCACUCAAACCAACUUUCUCAUGUGGAAGCUUCAAGUUCGGGCUUUGGUCGAUGGCCAUGGUCUCAUUGGGCAUCUGGAUGGUUCUUGCCAGAUCCCGCCGUCCACUAUCACCACCAACGAUGUCGUCUCUGAAAAUCCUGCUUAUGUGGCAUGGAAGCGACAAGACCAGUUGGUUUAUAGUGCCCUCCUUGGCUCUAUUUCCCUGACUGUACAACCUCUCCUUUCUCGCACGACCAUGGCUUCGGAGAUUUGGAGUACCUUGGCAGACACGUUUGCCAAACCCAGCCGUGGUCACGUUCAACAAAUAAAGGACCAACUGAAGGCAUGGACCAAGGGCAAUCGCACGAUUGAUGAGUAUCUCCAAGGGCUUACUACAUGGUUUGAUACUCUUGCUAGCUUGGGAAAACCCUUGGAGCACGAUGACCAGAUCGAAAUCAUCCUUGACGGAUUACCGGAAGAUUAUCGUCCUGUCAUCGACCAGAUUGAAGCUCGUGAUGUCUCUCCCACAAUUGCGUAUGUUCACGAGCGUUUACGUAACCGUGAAGCUAAACUUCUGUCCAAAGCGGCUCCGUCCAUCCAUCCUGUCACGGCAAAUGUUGCUAUGCAGCGGCACAACAACAACUCUAGGGGUGGUUCCUCCAACCGAAAUCGCUCCAACAACAACAACUCCACCCAGUCCGCCUCCCACAAUUCAUCCUCGCGAUCUGAUCAACGGUCGUACCGUCCGUAUCUCGGCAAAUGUCAGUACUGCAAUGUUCAAGGACACUCUGCUCGUCGUUGUCCUCAACUUCAGCACCUUUCGUCCUCCUCUGGCCUCCAACAGCGUACUCUUUCACUCCUUGGCAGCCUCGGGCGAAUCUUGCUCUAG